ACGAUAAAAUGAUUGAUAUAAAAAUUGAUAUGUCUGUUGCAACUGCCAGUUAUUGCAACUUUAGCUGCCGGACGCGUGUUAUAUUGUGAUAUACCAAAUUAAUAAUCACGAUGAAAGGAUACUAUUCGGUGAUCAUUGCACUGACACUCGUCGUUCUUGGAGUAUCUGCAAGCCGAAUUCCGAGGUCAUUUAUAAAGGAGCCUGAAUGUCCGCAGUCAGGCAAGAUCAAGGUACCUUAUCCGGAGCUCUGCACUGAUAAAUAUUUCAUUUGUGAAAAUGGCAAGCCUACCAUAAGCGAGUGUCCCGAGGGUCUGCACUUCAUUGAAAAUCUGCAGAUAUGUGACUUUCCGCUCAAGGAAUGCUACCCCGACAAGCCAAUACCUCAAAUUAUAGAUAAUUCCGAUAUACACUCCGCACCUAUAUUGAAAAUUUAAUGUAACAAGUAUUUACUAUAUUUAAGGUAAAUAAACUAUACCAAUAAAUAGUUAUCCUAUCUACUAUCUACAAAA